AUGGCCCUGACUUCUACACUGCUAGCGACUCAUUUUAGCGGGGCAGUGUUUACUCUCUCCUUGACCACCGAAGGAAGCAAUGGCACGCUUGAUAUCACUUCUGCUGCUGGAGGCUGUGGCUCCACACCAACGUGGCUGCAAUACUAUGGGGACACCAAAAAGCUAUAUUGCUUCGACGAAUCAUGGCAAGGCUAUGGUACAAUGGCGGAAUAUAGCGUAGCCUCUAACGGUGUGCUCACUGUCACAGGACAGGCGAAGACCACCGGAAAUUCUGUACAUGGGAUCCUUUACGGUGGUCCUCUUGGUAGAAGCUAUGUAGCUACGGUGGAAUACACCCCUUCAACUCUGACGACCUACGCACUACCCCUUAAACCUGGACCAGAUGCACCUUUCACUGUGCCCCUUCAGAUAGAGACUUUCUCUAUACCAAAACCAGGACCUAAUGAGCGUCAAGACAGGCCUCAUCCGCAUCAGGUUCUUCUUGAUCCUACGGGGAAAUUCAUCCUCAUUCCUGAUCUCGGCGCUGACGCAAUCCAUAUCUUUGCCAUCAAUGCUACCACCGGGCACUUGAGCGCUUGUCCUGAUGUUCGGACAGCACCAGGUGACGGUCCACGUCACGGGGAGUUUUGGAACGCUAAAAGCAAUACCACAUCCUCGGAUGGCUUGAUGCUUUUCACUGUAAAUGAGCUCGGUAAUUCCGUGUCAAGCUGGAAUGUCAUAUCUAGAAAGGGAUGUCUGGAUCUGUCUAAACUGCAGAGACUAAGCACUUUUGCCGAUGGCAAAGUUCCAGCAGCCACGAUUUACAAUGGCGCUUCAUUCCCUCCUAAAGCAGCGGAGCUACGCAUUGUCGAUAACUUCCUUUACGCUGCCAAUCGCAAUGAUAAGUUGUUCGGAGAACAGACAGACUCUUUGGCGACUUACAAGAUCGAUCCUCUUACCGGCAGGCUCACCUGGGUAGAAGCAACAAGUGCUUAUGCAUUCUACCCCAGAAGCUUUAGUAUCAAUAAAGCGGGUACAUUAGUUGCCGUAGGUGGACAGACAAGCUCGACUAUAUCCAUCAUCGCAAGGGACACUGCAACGGGCAAAUUAGGUGGCUUGAUUACUUCAUUACAGGUAGGAAGUCUGGGAACUUACACCAACGAGGACGGUCUUAGUUCAGUUGUAUGGGUUGAGUAG